AUGACAAGUUUAUCUUCAAAUCGUAUUGUUCCAUUUGUUGAUAUUUAUUUCAAAAUUUAUUUUUAUGGCGGUCUCACUUUUCAAUUACUUUUGUUAACUCUUAUUUUGACAAAGUCUCCGUCUAUUUUGACAAAUCUAAAAUUUUUUCUUAUUAAUACUUGCUUUUUGCAAAUUAUUUUGAUUUCACUGGGAUUUUUCACACAGCAUAGAAGUCUACCGAAUAUAGAUUCAUUUGCUGUUUUGCCACGUGGACCUUGCCGAGAAUUCGGACCAGAUGUUUGCUUCUCAGCAUAUCAUUUUUUCUUGGGUGUUGCUCUCUGUGUUGGACUUGGAAUUUCAAACACAAUUAUUUUCAGAUUUCAAGCUUUACGAAAGGGCAGAGUAUCACGUAGUAGAAUAUUUACAAUGAUAUCCCUGACGUAUAUUCCUUCAUCAAUAACUAUUAUUCUUCCAUUCACAUCUUCUUGGGAUUUUGAAAAAGUUCGUUCACUGACUUACAUUGAGCAUCCAAAAUACGAUCUUUCAAUCUACGAACCAUUUGUUGGAUUCCACAACAUCGCAUCAUUUCAGUUUACUUUAGCUACACUCCUUCUAGUAAUCGGAGCUUACGCUAUCCCUGCGAUUUCAGGAUUUCUAACUUCAAGAGUUAUUCAUUUGAUCAACGAUAACAGAGGCAUGUCGUUGAAGACCAAGGAGCAAUCAAAAACAUUGGCUUACGGACUUGCGUGCCAAACAUUUUUACCCGUUAUUUGUUAUAUUCCAGUAGCAAGUUGUUAUAUUUUUUCUCAAAUGACCAGUGUCGAGCUGCUUUUGAAUGAGCAUCUUCUUGGAAUUUUGAUCUGCUUUCCAUCAUUCGUUGACCCAUUUAUAUCGUUUUAUUUUAUUGUACCAUAUCGGCAAGCUCUAUUGGGAUUAUUUAAGUGCCGAAAAACAAAACCUUUAAAUAUCGUUAUCACAGUUCGUCAUCUAUCAAAACGUAACCCAUCAAUUGUUGAUUCAAACUGAAUUUUAUUCAAU